CCUUGGAUGAUCUAGCAUAAUUAAGUUAAUUUCUUACUUAGUAUGCUUUUUUACUUACUAAUUAAGAAAACCAUCCGCGAGAAAGUUAAGGAGUUAUAGUGGCUAGCUGAAGUAUCAUAGCAGUUUGGUUAUGUUUUAAGUCUAAUUAAUGUUGUUGUUUGUAGAUGUUUCGGAAUGGGUGCUGCUUUGUUACCUCCCAUGUACGAAAAAAGCUGAUUUUGGCAACACUUAAGAGGAACUUAGAUGUGCCGGUUACUUGCAAGAUUCGAUUAUUAAAAUCACCAGCAGAUACUGUUGAAUUGGCUAGGAGAAUCGAGAAACUUGGUGUACCAGCUUUUUUCGUACAUGGGAGGAAAAUUGCAGACAGGCCAAGAGAUCCAGCUAAAUGGGAUGAACAUUUCAGAUGUUGUGGCAGCUUUAUCCAUUCCUGUCAUUGCAAAUGGCGAUGCGUCAGUGAUGGUUGCAAGAGGGGCAAGGUGGAAUGCUUCAGUUUUCUCUCCAAAAGGAAAAUCACACUGGGAAGAUGUGAAAAAGAAAUACCUUAGAAAGAGCAUCUUGUGGAAUAACGAUGUUAAGAGCACAAAAUACACGAUAAAGGAGAUGAUAGCGCAUCAUUCAUGUCUUGAACCACCCGAAGGGAAGUCUAUCAACAAAGCAGACACUUUAGAAGAUCUACCGUAAGUCAUUCUUGAUUAGUCUUGAUUUAUACUACUGACACAAACUAGAGAACGUAUCUGAUAUAACCAAACCGAACUGUAAUCCAACUGGUUCAGCUUCAAGUCUAAUGUUGUUUGUUGGGUGUGGAUAGUUCAGGCGUGUUUACGAGUUGGUGAUUACUA